AUGUCUCAAACACUCACGCUCACAGCGACAAAGGCUGAAAAGCCGAUAAGCUACGAUAUCAAUAUUCCUUACGUCAGUGUCUCCGAGGAGACCAAAAAGAAUGUCAAAUAUUCCCAUUACCUACCAACCUGGGACAAGGUCUGGUUUGACCCGCUGCCUUCAUUCGACUACCAGGACCCCGCUCUGCGGGUAAAGGACAAGUCUAAGCCGAAUUUGUUGUCGUCUACCGCCAGAAUAUCACACAUCCAACCCUGCAUUGGCAGUAUUGUCGAGGGGGUGCAAUUGAACAAGCUUUCCGAUGCCGCCAAAGAUGAACUUGCAUUGCUGAUUGCCGAGCGCAAGGUCGUGGCCUUUCCCGACCAGGACCUUAUCGAUGCUGGCCCCGAAGAGCAGUACAGCUUUAUGCGCCAUUUCGGCAAGCCGAACUAUCAGCCCAUCUCCGGGUCGAUGAAAGGCUACCCAGGUUUCCAUAUCAUUCACCGAGACGGGAAUGUGGAUGAGAUCAACCGCUUCCUGGAGCAACGCACAACCACCACUUUAUGGCAUCAGGACGUCAGCUACGAGAUUCAGCCUCCUGCCUAUGUCAUGCUAGGCUUGCUCCAGGGGCCCGACGUCGGUGGAGACACCGUCUUUGCCGCUACAGACGCUGCAUACAAGAGACUAUCCCCCACUUUCCAAUCCUUUAUCGACAAUCUCAAGGCAGUCCACACCUCUGCUAAAAUGAUCGCCCACGCCAGGCUAACUGGCGGCUUGGUGCGCAAGGACCCGGUGGAGAGCGUCCACCCUCUUGUCCGCGUGCACCCCGUGACCGGCGAAAAAUGUCUCUUUAUCAAUGGCGAAUUCAUCACCAAGAUUCAGGGACUGAAGGAACCUGAGUUCCGCGUCCUGCAAGAUUUCCUCAUGCAACAUCUCAUCACUGGUCAUGACUUCCAGGCUCGCGUGCGAUGGCAGCCUCGUACUGUAGUCAUGUUUGACAACCGGUCAACAAUACACUCCGCUAUCGUUGAUUACCUCGACGAAGACCACGGCGCAAAACCGCGCCACAUCUUCCGACUUUGCGCUCUAGGCGAACAACCCAUUCCAGUCAGCCCUCAAAACACAACCACCAUUCCAAUCUCAAAAUAA